AUGUGCAUCGCGUCCUCGGGUGCCCCUACGCCCCCUGAGCCCACACCCCCUGCUGGCUCUUCCCUGCCCGCCCUUUUUGCGGCCCCUUGCGCUCCAUAUGCCGUCUCUCUCCGCCCUGCUGUGGCCUCUGUCGCGCCUACAGCAGCCUCCACCGCCCCCACUGGCUGUGCCAUGGCCCCCUCUCUUACUUCGGCUGCAGCCAUACCUUUUGUCCGUGUGGCCCUUGCUGUCCCUUCUCCUGCUGCAGUCACUCUCUCGCCUCCCCCUGCUACAACCGGGGCCGCGCUCUCCAUUGCCGCUGCCUUCGUUACACUCUUCCCCCUUGCAGCCGCUAUAGCCCUCUCCCUUGUCCCUGCCCCAACCGUGGCCCCGGCCGCCCCUGGUGCGGCCUCUGUGGCCUCACCUGCUGCGGUCUUUGCAGCCUCACCUUCUGCGGCCCCUGCAGCCCCACAUGCUGCAAUUCCUGCAGCUUCAACUGCUGCGGCCCCUGCAGCCUCUCCUUCCACCAGCCCUGCGGCCUCACCUGCUGCAAUCCCUGCAGCCUCACCUACUACAGUCCAUCCAGCCCCCCCUGCUGCAGUCUCUGCAGCUUUAAAUGCUGCUGUCCCUGCGGCCUCACCUACUGCUGUCCCUGUUGCCUCACCUGCUCCUUCCUCUGCGACCUCGGCUGCCCCUUCCCGUGCGACCUCUACUGCCCCUUCUUGUGCAGCUUGUGCUGCCCCCUCCCGUGCAGCCUCUGCUGCCCCUUCCCAAGCAGCCGUUGCUGCCCCUUCCCGUGCAGUCUUUGCUGCCCCUUCCUCCGCAGCCUCUGCGGCACCUGCAGCCCCACUUGCUGUAGUUCCUGCAGCCCCACCUGCAGCGGUCCCUGCAGCCUCACCUGCUGUGGUCCCUGCAGCCCUAACUGCUGUGAUCCCUGCAGCCUCACCUGCUGCGGUCCCUGCGGCCUCACCUGCUGCGGUCCCUGUAACCUCACCUGUUGCGGUCACUUCAGUCUCGCCUGCUGCGGGCCCCACAGCCUCACCCACUGCGGUCUCUGCAGCCCCACCUGAUGCGAGCUGUGCCGCCUCACCUGCUGCGGUCCCUGCAGCCAGCUCCGCUGCUCUUCCUGCAACUCCCCAUCCUGGGUUUUCCGCAGUGACCUCGGCAGCCCCUUCAGUGCAGCCUUUGCUGCCCCGUCCCGUGCAGCCUCUGCUACCCAUUCCUCUGCAGCCUCUGCUGCCAAUUCCUCUGCAGCCUCUGCUGCGCCUUCCUUUGCAGCCUCAGCUGCCCCUUCCUUUGCCUCCUCUGCUGCCCCGUCCCGUGCAGCCUUUGCUACCCCUUGACAGGUAG